AAACUGUAUUCAAAGGCAUUAAAGAGAAUCCUCUCAUUUUGGUGGUUAUACCAGUGGGAGAAGCUGGGGUUGAUGACAAUUCCAGUACCAAUCAACCCAUUUAUAAUUUUCCAAAUGGAUUAGAAAUGGGUAUAAGUCAGAACACACUUAUCUGA